AUGGGCGUCCCAGGGCUGUGGCGUGAGCUCGCGGACCACGCUACGGACGCGACGCUCGCGGACCUGGCGUGGGCGCACUGGGCGCGCACGUCCACGCUCUUUCGCCUGGGGAUUGAUGCGACGUCGUGGCUGUACCAUGCGCGCAAGAGUCGGGGCGGCGCCGAGCCGGAGCUGCGCCUUGUCUUCUUCCGCCUCGUGCGGCUCUUGGCGCUCCCGGUCGCUCCCCUAUUUGUAUUGGAUGGCACGGCGCGGCCUGCGAUGAAGCGCGGCGCGCCCGUGUGGCUCGGCACGCAUCCCCUCGAGGCGCCGUUCCAGGCGCUCGUGCGUGCCUUUGGAUUUGCGCACUGGCGUGCGCCUGCCGAGGCGGAAGCAGAGCUUGCGUGGCUUAGCGCGCAUGGCACCCUCGAUGGCGUACUGACCGACGACGUCGAUACCCUCCUGUUCGGUGCGAGCGUCGUGCUCCGCCAUCGCGCCGUCAGCGCCGAAGCGCUGCCAGAUACGGUCGCUGUGCUCGAUACGCGCAGCGCAGCGUGGCCGUACGACGCAGAUGCGCUCGUGCUGGUCGCCCUGCUGGCAGGUGGCGACUAUGACGCCCAUGGCUGUCCAGCGUGCGGUAUCCGUUUUCGCCAGCAUUUUCCACCGACCGCCUCAAAAGCACAGCUGGACGCCAGCUGCGCGGCAUGGGACACCUUCGUAGCCCAAUGGCGCAACGAUAUGGCGCAUGAGCUACUGACGAAUUCGCAUGGCCGCCUCGCACGCAAGCAGCCCAGAGUAGCGCAGACGCUUCGUACAUCCGCGUUUCUCGGCGACGCACGCGCGCGCCGCUGGCUUUUUGACUAUAUCUGGCCUUGCACGUCGGAGCGCACGCCCAGGCGCACCCAGCUAGAGCGCCUCGCCGCGCACAGCGGGGCCGCGUCGCUGCGCGCCAUGGCACGCGAGGCACAGACGCUCUUUGCAUGGAGUCCGUCGACGGUGCUCGCACGCUUUGAGCGCGCCGUGUGGUCUGGCGUGUAUGUGCGCCGACUCCUGGCCACGGCGCACCGCACGGCAGCGCGACGAAGCGCGCGUCUCGUACGAGGCCCGGCCUUUUGUGGACCAAGUGUGCCAGGCGCUCGACAUGCGCGAGUCGUGUGCGCCGUGCAAGCGGCGAGCGUGGGUGCCGGUCGCCCUCCUGCGCGCACAGCGGCACGACGCAGCGCAUGUGCAGGCAUGCCUCGUAGCGGUGCCGCGGGCCAGCACGCCGCCGCCGCGCCUCGACGAGUACCUCGAGCAGAUGGCGCCGUCUGA